CUAAACCAACUCAGCCAGCCACAGCAAAGCAAACACUUCCCUCUCCCAAGGAACUACCAGAUCAUCGCCAUCUUCUUUGCCGCCCUCCGCCUACUGCAUCUCUUCGCCUGCUGACCGCUCGUCAACCAACAGCCCCCUCUGGCAAUAAUGAAGGCUGCAAUCGUCCUCUGCGCAUCGGCCAUUCUACUGUCGUGUCCGACCCCGGCCGCCUCGCAGACCCCUGACGGCUAUCAGCAGCAGCAUGGUGUGUGUCACAAGAAAGAGAAUGUCCAUUACGAGUGCCCUCGCGGCUACACUUAUGACGAUGAGAGCCUCAAGUGCAUCAAACACGACCACAUGGAGCCCUAUACCUACUGCCCAAAGGUGGGUUAAACGCACAAGGGAAAAGUACAAGCUGACAUGAAUGUGAAUUGGUUUCCCUCGUGUGUGUCUGUGUGUUGCGUGUGCAGGGCACCAAAGAGACUGCCGAUGGCUGCGUUAAGUAUGUGUAUCAGAAGAAGACGCCCUACUGCGAACACGGCAAGCUCGAGGGCCACAAGUGCAUCCAUCGCAAGUACACUGACGCCGAAUACCAGUGCAAAGACGGCUACUCGUUUACUCAUGACAAGAGCAAGUGCUUCGCCGACAAGUACACGGCCAAGCUCCACAAGUGCCCCGGUGGCUAUGAGCUGACCAAGGACAAGAAGAACUGCAUCAAGCACAUCUAUGCCGAUCUCAAGUACUACUGUCCGAAGGUGAGUCAUCACACCACACACACGACAUUGAGCAAACAGAGGUGUGCAUUGCCUUCUGUGUGUGUCUGUCAGCAUUCGUAUGCGACGGCCAAGGGCUGCAAGGUGACCACAUACGAGGCGAAGGUCCCCUACUGCCACCAGGGCUACCUGGAGGGCGGCAAGUGUGUGGUCAUCAAACACAGCUACCACUCCUAUUACCCCAAGUGCAAGCAGGGCUACUCGUUCCGACGCCACAAGUGCGUCCUCGAGAGCUACCAUGACGCGCGAUACAAGUGCCCCCGUGGCUUCGCCUUCACUGACGACCAGAGCAAGUGCUACGUGGACAAGUACGUCGCCAAGCUGCGCGAGUGCCCCCACGGCUACAAGUGGAGCAGACACGACAGCAAAUGCGUCAGAUACGAAUACGCCGACCUGAAGUACUACUGCCCAAAGGUGAGCGGACAGGACAGAUCAGCGGAUGCACACUUGCAGACAGAAUGCAUGUGGCAGUUACGUUACCCAUCUGUUCUGUUGCGUGUCUGUGUCUGCGAUUCAGCACUCGGUGCUGACGCACAAGGGGUGCAAGUCGACCAUUUAUGAGGCCAAGGCACCCUACUGCACACACGGCAAUCUGGAGGGCGACCACAAGUGUGUCGUCGAAGAAGCCUUCCUCGUCGACUAUGAGUGCCCUGACGGCUAUCAACUGACCAAGGACAGCAGCAAGUGCUAUGCCAAGACGUUUGUGGACAUCAAGUACUCGUGCGUGGACGGCUACAAGCUGUCCGAGGAGAAGGACAAGUGCGUCAAGGCGCUGUAUGCUGACGUGGCCCACAAAUGCCUUAAGGGCAAGCUGACUUUGAUAGCUGGCAGCUCUGGGUAUGCCCCCGUGUGCUGCAUCGACCUCUACUAUGUUGGCAACGGCAGCAAAUCCAUCCGGGGCGGCAACACAUUCCACUGAUGAAUGGAUUAGCGGGGGGUUCGUGUGUGGCUUUGUUCGUAGUGCGGCAGCCAGUGACAGCCCUGUCGAUAUGUAGCAACUGUAGAUAGUUGCCUGCUCUCGCCUUAACUGCCCUGGCUUGGCCUCCCUGUCAGGCAGAUAUCAAUGAAUGGUGUUUGGUUGAAUGAAUCUCUCCCAUAGUGUGGGUGGGGUGUCUGUCUGGUGGAUGACCCAGUGAGUCAUGUAGCUAUUACUUCUCUUUGGUCAGUGGACGGACAUCUUGAAGCCCAUUCAGCUCAUGUGUGAAUGAGCACAGUUACUGUGUGCGACACAUCCGACGAGU